AGCUGAGCCGUCUGUUCACAGACUCUGGAUUGACUGUAGGUUACAUUAGUAUUGCUCGGGAUCUCCUGGGCAACUCGUUGGAUCGUCCAUAGCUGCUUGAUUUAAGCGCCUGCUUAUUUAGGGUGCUGAUCAGCGGGAUCUCUGGUUCACAAACCUACUUCACUUAGGCCGUACGAGAGAUCAGUACUUCAUUAUGGCGGCGAAGAUGACCCUAUACAAGUUGGUGGUGCUGGGGGAUGGUGGGGUGGGCAAGACGGCUCUGACUAUUCAAUUAUGUUUAAAUCACUUUGUCGAAACAUACGACCCGACGAUCGAAGACUCAUACCGGAAGCAAGUGCAGAUCGAUGGUCAAUCAUGCAUGCUGGAGGUGCUGGACACGGCCGGACAAGAAGAAUACACCGCUCUGCGAGACCAGUGGAUUCGUGAUGGGGAGGGGUUCGUGCUGGUGUACAGCAUUUCAUCACGCGCAUCCUUCCGCAAGAUCGAGGCCUUCCACCGUCAAAUCCAGAGAGUGAAAGAGUCAUCCCAAUCCGGCUCCCCGACCUACCCCAACUCCCCGCUUAGCAUGUCCUCCACCGGCUCAGGAUCCUAUGGCCCUGCACCCGUGAUGUUGGUGGGCAACAAAUCCGACCGAGUCACGGAGCGCGAGGUCAGCACGCAGGAAGGGAUCGCCAUGGCCAAAGAGCUCGGCUGUGAAUUCGUCGAAGCGUCCGCGAAGAAUUGCAUCAACGUAGAGAAGGCCUUCUACGACGUGGUCCGGUUGCUACGAAAGCAGAAACAGCAGGCCGUCCGGUCGUCGGGAGGAAGAGGAGGUAUGACGUCGGGCAACGCAUAUCACUCGAGACCCAUGAAGGAGUAUGGCGAGAAGCCACGAGAAAAGAAGUCAAGAACGAAAUGCGCCAUUCUAUGAAACGGCGUCAUCCUUGAUCGAGGGAGCACCGCUAUAAAGUCGACGUCUUUGGGAACACGGUCCACUUCCGCUGCGCGUUAUUGGGACGACCGUCGCGAUUGUGUUUAUUAUCUCGACCCACCAGGCCUCGUCGACCAUUGGUUUCUUACGGGGAUGGUCCGGCAACAACGCUGGAUUGGAGAGCUAGACGACCACGAAUGCGAUGAAUUAUGCCAUGUUUACAACCCGAACAGCGCACCACCUUCUUUCUUCUCGAUCGGGAUUCCCUCUGCUUAUUGGAUAUACGCAAACUCCAACCUGAUUUCGAGCGAGUGGAGAUGUAAAGGUCAAAAGUCCGUCAUUUCCCAUUGUC